AUGCAUUUUGGUCUAUCGCACGGGUAUAUCACAGCGCACAUAGGCCAUUUUGGCUCGAAUUGGCUCUCGUUGCGGCGCAGGAGAGAGCCAGCGAACGUCCGGGACCGAUCGCGUCGCUGGCGCGAGUCGUGUCCUCGCCGUUUCGCCGGAAAACGCGUGCAGAGAAACGCGUGCAGAGAUGGCGCGCCGCAUCCUCUUGGCCCUGGCCUGCAUAGGCGCAGCCGAGGCUGGCUCCGCGCUAGCCGAGGGCACCACCCCUCUCACGGCUGCCAACUUCGACGACUUCGUCGAAGAAGCGCUGGCCGCCGGCAAGACGGCGAUGGUGCGGUUCAUCGCGUCGGAGGGCUGAGGCUGAUGAGUCAAGCAGGCUCCGGGAUGGCGUGCGGCCGUGGAGCAUUACAAGGACGACGCGGGCGUCGUCUUCGGGGACGUGAAUUUGCGGGAGGGCCGCGUCACGCAGAGUCGGGACGGGACGCCGCAGAACCCCGGCGCGGGCGGCUGGCCGACGCUGCGGUACUACAACGCGGACACGGGCCCCGGCGGCGCGCCCGUCGAGCGGAUCACGACCCAGAAGAUCUGCGACGAGUUCAAGAUCCCGCAGCGCAUGAUCAACGCCGUCACAACCUCUAGGAAGGUCUGCGACGCCGUAACCAAGAAGGGUUGCGACGAGGAGGAGUCCCAGUAUUUGGACGCGUGGCGCGGCGACGCCGCGGCGCGCGACGCCGAGGCGGCGCGGUUGGACGAUCUGCUGUCCGACGCGACGCAGAAGAAGAUGAAGGCCCAGCGGAAGCUGCUCGCGAAGCUGGCCAAAGUCGCGGCGGCGAAGGACGAGCUCUAG